AUGCUCUCAAGCUCGAUGUUCUUGGGACUUGUGUCAACGCUGUUGUCACUCGUUUCCAGCACCCAAACGGACCUUGCAUCACAUCACUCGCCUGCCGCCGCAACCCCGGAGCGAUCUGCCUGCCAGACAACCCACAUAUUCCUCGUGCGAGGAUGGAACGAGGAAUACCCCGGAAGACAGAAAGCAGUGGUUGAUGCCAUCUGCUCUGGGCUCAGCGGCAGCGAUUGCGGAUAUGAAGACAUUAUCUUUGACGACAUGAAGGGGAGUGUCUACGGGGUCUCGAUACACGAGGGCGUGACAGCUGGCAAGUCUCAGGUCACAGCCUAUGCGGAGGAUUGCCCCGAGGCUAAACUUGUGAUGUCCGGGUACAGCUUGGGCGCACACGUCGUGGGAGAUAUGUUGUGCGGUACAGGUGGUGACUCCAUCAUGUACCAAACGACAGAGCCUGAGGUGGAUGGGUUCGACUCGGCCGAGACGAGCCCGGGGAGUCAUCUUGCUGCCGUUCUCGUCUUCGGCGACACCCGCCACACGGCAGGGCAGCCGUACAACGUGGAGACUGGCGCCGACAAGAAUAGCGGCUUCCCGCGCUCUGGCACAGAUCUCCAGAAGAUGGCCACCUAUGCCUCUGUCCUCCGCUCCUAUUGCGUAGCUACGGAUCCCGUGUGCGCCGGGGGAGAUGAUCAUGCGACCCACCUGGACUACUUCCAGAAAUUCACCGAUGACGCUGCAGGUUGGGUGCGAUCCAUGGUGGGAAUCGAGAACAACACUGCCACGGCGACUGCGACCGUAUCUUCGAGCUCCCGAGCCACAUCGGAGGCCCCCAGUGCCAGUCCUUCUGCGACGACAGGGGCGGAUGUGGGCACAAGCUCGGCGACGGGCACGAGCUCCGAGUUGCCCUCAAGCACUGAGGCGGAGGCGAGCACCACUGUGACUGCAACGGGGGCGGCCACAGCUACUGCUACAUCUGACAACGGUGUGGCCACUCUCAGUCGCGGGAAGGGGCUCGUAUGGACGGGUGUCAUGAUAGGGUUGUGUUUACUCGUUGGACAAUAG